AUGAUGGGAUUCCGCCUGAGGCACGCGACGCCGACGCCGCCGCAAUCCGCCGCCUUCUCCAAAAAGGAAACUCGUUUCGCGCCUCACGGAUCAUCUGUGCAGCUGCGGUCGGUCACUCAUCGAUUUUCGACUUACUUCGGCAGUUUCCCGGUUCUUUUUGGUCUAUAUUUUCUACACAUAAAUCUCGAAAGCGCAUUUAAAGGCGCAGAACUUUCGCAAGAGCUGAACCACUUGAAAAAGUCUCUUCGCUUCGAUACUCUUUUCAAAUUUGUCUAUGAUUCUUCAAAAUCCUCCGGAAAAUGUCCUGGACUCACUUAUUAUUAUUUUUUCAACUUAUCAAAGUUUUGAAUUGUAAAAUCAAGCCUGAGACACUAAAAUAAACGAUUACUUGAUCAUCCACAGCUUCUGAAACUCUCAGGUGGAAUUUUCAAAGCCUCAAGAAAAAUAGACUACGAAAAUUGAAUUAUGUGCACCUCAAAAACUACAGCAAAACCAAGAAAACGAUGAAAUUUCCUUCCAAAAAAGUUGCGAAGAACGUUUUUUUCUGCUGAUCCGGCCAAAUAAGAAUUCACAACACAAUGGGAGAAAACAAGCGGGGCGUUGAAUGGGUUGAAAAAAAAAGUGAGAAGGAGAAAAACGGGCUCUCGAGAGAACUGGUAUUGUGGUGAGUGAGAAAUUCCGUCGGCAUCACCAAAAAUCGUAUUCUUGGGACGAUAACAAAGAACUGGUCAAGGUUCAGAGGAUUCUGGAGGUCGAAACUUAAAAUAUCGAAAAAAAGUGAAAUCAGGAAUGUUUCACAGGCUCCUGCGCCUUCAAUUAGUUCUCAAAUCUCAUAUAAAACAACCAUUCUUGGGUACAAAGUUCACGACGAGAAUUGAGAGAAGAAGAAAUCUCAACCGCUACGCACAUCAAUUAUAUAAGGUUGACUGAUAAAUCGUGUCAAAAUAUCUUUCCUCUGCACUUUUUGAUUUAUUAAACUGAUUCGAAACUUUCUUCUAUCUACGGAUGACAAAGAACUUUAAAAAUAAAGGCAGGAAUGUUUUAAAAAUCAGUUUUCAUUGUGCCAUUGUAUAGGGCAAACUGAAAAUUCGCAAAACGACAUAAUUUGAGUUAUUAUUAUAAUUACAAUUUCACAUCCGUUAAAUUUCCCUUCAUGACCGUCUGAAAAACUAAAAACGGCUCAUCGCUUCGAUAUCCUCGUGAAAAAUACACAUAUUUUUUUAAUGAAAUUUAUCUCGGACAUUGGUUACCUUUCUGGGCAUUUUUAGUGACCAGUUUAGUAGCCUCAUCACUCUUAAGUGAUCCCUAGAACUUUUCAGAAAUGCCCGAAGCACGUCUGUUUCACGUUAGCAAUGCACAAGAUGGAAAAACUUCUGGCGUUUAAAGGAACGUGACCAACUUUAAAAAAGGUCUUAAAGCGAAGAGCCAUUUUAGUGCUUUCUCGAGUUCUGCACCUAGAAAAGUUAACACAAAAAAAAAUAAUAGAAAGUUCUAGACGUGAAAGAGAAAGAGUUGCAAAGAUGACGUCGAAUACGGCGAAUUCGGUGGCCCAUCGGAGGCAAGGUCGAAUUCGCGACGACGUCUUCAGACGCCGCCCACAUCCUUUCCGAUAUCAACUAAUCAGCUAUCAGACGCCUCAACGGCACACCGAAAUCGCCGCGCGAAAUGUCCUUUCUAGUGAGGGGACCGUCUGGCACUCCGCGGAGGUCUCUUCACUCUUCACGUCAAAUGAAAAGGUUUUGAAACAACCUUUUAGGACUGAUUCGAAGAUAGCUAACAUUAAUGCCGUGUUCAUAAUGAUUUUUUGCGGAAUUCAAAAAGGCCCUCAGACACUGAAAAAGACAACUUAGUUUUGGAGAGACAUGAUAAUUUUGAAUUUUGUUUGAAUUAUUUUUGACACGGCAUAAUAUUAGGGCAAAUAUAUCCAAAAACUGCAUUGAAACAGCUUCUGACGAAAAUUCUACAAGCCUAAUUGUGUUUAAAGUGAGGAACCAGUCAGGAAAACAAGAAAUUCAAAUAAAAACAAAAAAAAUAAUGGGUGAACCGAAUGUAUUCUUUUAAUUGAAAGGCUCAAGCUGGCCCAAAAAAUAAAAACCUGAAGGAAUUAUUUAUAUUAAAUUGGUCUGCCAUAUUCCUAGUUUGAAAAAAAAAUUUUAAAAAUAAAUAACUGUUGAAAACGGGAUUAAUUGAUGAUUUUCACAGAGUUACAGGAAUUCGUAGAAAAAAUAGUAAAGUAUCAUUUUUUGGAUUUGAGAGGUUCCAAAUGCAGAUAUGAGGUAAAAUUAACAAAACAUACUGCAAAAAAAUGUUAGAAAUUUACAAUAGAGUUCAAAAAAAUAAUAAUAAUGAUCAAAUUUAAAACAAAAAAACGAAAAACAAAUUGUCCAUCAAUACUCUUUGAUCUUUCCUUACUUAAUGAUCUACAUUUUUUUACAAUUUUUGUUUGAUAACAUUAGUUGCAUUUGAAUAUCUGUAGAACAAUAUUAUUGAAGUUUCAUGAAAAAGCGAAUGCAAAAAGAACCUUAUCAGUGCCGAAGAUGACCAUAAAGGAAAAAAAACGUGUUGUAACAACGGGUUCAACGGAAGCACGAACACGUUCUUGGUCUUGAACAGCGCCAUAAAAGCGGUGAACUAACUUUGCGAAAAAGCUGGAACAAAAGAACGAAGGCGAAGCAAAAAAAUAAAGAGAAAAAGUCGAUGGUAGGACGAAAAAUUUGAUCCGCAAAAAUACGUCGCGUGAAAAUUGCGACCACAUAACCUAUGAGCCACGAAAAUUUUAAGCCUUCAAAAUUUUUUCGUAAAAUUUUAAAAUUGCUCAGAUGAUGACUUUUUGAAUUUCUUUCUUUUCCUUUUUUUUCAAUUUUUUUCCCUUUAUUCUUGAUAUUGAUUAAUUCCAGAGCUAGAGCCACUGUUUUCGGUGGGUUUCUAGAAAUUUCAAUCAUUAUCAUCAAUAAGAAGUCUGUCAUUUUUUGUUAUAAACAUGGAAAACGUAUUUAGUUGACAGAUUUUGAACUUUAAUGAUUUAUGGCACAAAUUAAUUGGGAAAACAGAAGAAAAAGAGUUAAAACUCGAAAUUAGGUUUCAAAACGUUAUCAAAUCCUGGGAUCGCCGGGAUAACUCAACGCAGAAAUGAGAAUCAGGACUAGAGCAGAAGUUUGAAGAAGACCAGAACGAAGAAAAACAGAAAAUACAGAAAUUGAAAGCCUUAUAUGCAGGAAAUUUCUAAUUUAAAUGGACAAAAUUUUAAAGGCUUAAAAUUUUCGUGGCUCAUAAGUUAUGUGGUCGCAAUUUUCACGCGACGUAUUUUUGCGGAUCAAAUUUUUCGUCCUACCAUCAAAAAGUCAGAGGAGAAAUAAAUAAUAAGAAUUGCGCGUGAAAAGUUCUUUCCGUAAUAUAGCGUCGCCGUGUAUUGAAAAGGGUGAGUUUCAAUAUUUUUUUUAAUUUUAAAGUUUUUUCUUCCCGUUUUCACUUUCGCUCAUUUGGUUUUGUUUUAUGAACUAUCACAGGCUGAAAAAAAAACAGUUGGCUUAUACAGAAACCGUGAGAGCGACAGACUCGGCAUAAUUGCUGGCUUUCGGAACGAAAUGGCUGGUUUAGUAGAGGUCGGAAUUCGGGUCGUCGUCGUCGUCGGAAAACCAUUCAGUUUCCCACAAUACGAAAUGGACGAGGAACACACUGCCCAUUAG